GGAGACCAGCAGGAGGCCAGAGGAGCCACUCAACAAGCCACUCAGCUCCUGGGUCUUGGAAGUGAUGCCCAUGGCGUCCCCCCAAACCCUGCUCCUCUGCCUGCUGGUCCUGGCGGUCACUGAAGGCCAGGGUCAACAGGCAGCCAUCCCAGGCUGCUACUUGCACCCCUUCAAUGUGACGGUGCGAAGUGACCGCCAAGGCACCUGCCAGGGCUCCCACGUGGCACAGGCCUGCGUGGGCCACUGCGAGUCCAGCGCCUUCCCUUCCCGUUACUCGGUGCUGGUGGCCAGUGGCUAUCGACAUAACAUCACCUCCGUCUCUCAGUGCUGCACCAUCAGCAGCCUGAGGAAGGUGAGGGGGCCCAGCUCGGUGGUGCUCGUUGCGGGUAGGGGAGACGGAGGAGACGGGGAUCUGAGAUGGCCUGAGGAAGGGGACUGGAACAGACACCCACCUCUCCCACAGGUGAAGGUGCAGCUGCAUUGUGGGGGGGACCGGAGGGAGGAGCUGGAGAUCUUCACGGCCAGGGCCUGCCAGUGUGACAUGUGUCGCCUCUCGCGCUACUAG